UUUGUAGACGCUUUUCACUGAUCCCACUCGUUGUCACUGGUGUCGGAUAGAAGCAAAUUCAGCUUACAUUUUUAAGCAUCAAAUCUAGAAAUAACUAGAAACAUUUUCUAAUAGUGAAAUAUAUACCUGAGUAAUAACACCAAUCAUGAAGAUCGAGGAGGUGAAAAGUACCACGAAAACCCAGAGAAUCGCAAGUCAUACUCAUGUGAAGGGAUUGGGACUUGAUGAUUCUGGAAAUGCAUCAUCAUCAACAACUGCUGGUCUUAUUGGCCAAGAAAUGGCCAGAGAGGCUUCUGGAGUUGUUGUGGAGUUGAUCCGAUCCAAGAAGAUGGCCGGCAGAGCCAUCCUCUUGGCAGGACCUCCUGGGACAGGCAAGACGGCUCUAGCCCUUGCCAUAGCUCAGGAGCUUGGCAACAAGGUUCCCUUCUGCCCUAUGGUUGGCAGUGAGGUUUUCUCAUCAGAGAUUAAAAAGACAGAGGUCCUCAUGGAGAAUUUCAGACGAGCAAUAGGUCUUCGUAUAAAAGAAGGGAAGGAGGUGUAUGAGGGAGAAGUCACAGAAUUGACCCCUUGUGAAACAGAAAAUCCUAUGGGAGGUUAUGGGAAGACAGUGAGUCACGUAAUCAUCGGUCUGAAGACAGCCAAAGGUACGAAGCAGCUCAAACUAGAUCCUUCCAUCUAUGAGAGUCUACAGAAAGAGAAGGUUGAAGUUGGUGAUGUGAUCUACAUCGAGGCAAACAGUGGAGCUGUCAAGAGGCAAGGUAGAUCAGACACAUAUGCAACUGAGUUUGAUCUGGAGGCUGAGGAGUAUGUACCAUUGCCAAAAGGAGAUGUUCAUAAAAAGAAAGAGGUCAUCCAAGAUGUCACACUUCAUGACCUUGAUAUUGCUAAUGCAAAACCACAGGGAGGUCAAGAUAUCUUAUCCAUGAUGGGCCAGCUAAUGAAACCCAAGAAGACAGAGAUCACAGACAAGUUACGCAAAGAGAUCAACAAGGUUGUCAACAAGUACAUCGACCAGGGUGUGGCCGAGUUGGUACCCGGCGUACUGUUUAUCGAUGAGGUACACAUGCUGGACAUUGAGUGCUUCACAUACCUUCACAGAGCCCUCGAAUCAACGCUCGCUCCCAUCGUCAUAUUUGCCACCAACAGGGGCAAAUGCACAAUUAGGGGUACAGAGGAUGUUCAAUCACCCCACGGCAUUCCCCUUGAUCUCCUAGACAGAGUAAUGAUCAUCAGAACACUUCCAUACUCACAGGAGGAAAUGAUGCAGAUUCUGCGGAUCAGAGCACAGACAGAGAGUAUCCAAAUCGAAGACGAUUCCCUCAACAUGCUUGGUGAAAUUGGCACCAAGACAACCCUCAGAUAUGCUGUUCAGCUUCUGACACCAUCAAGUAUCCUGGCCCGUAUCAACGGUAAGGACAGCAUAGGAGAAGAUGAAAUCAAUGAGAUCAAUGAGCUCUUCUACGAUGCAAAGUCUUCGGCCAAGAUCCUUGCAGCUGCAGCAGACAAGUACAUGAAGUAAUCCACUCAUAUCUGAUUUCUCAUCCAAUAUUGUCUUCAAAAUUGAAAUAUCCCUGUAAGAUUUAGAAGUCUGUCUCGAACCUGUUGCUUACUACCUCUGGUAUGUUGUUGCCAGCAGGAAGUCCAUUCAUCAUAUGAAAGCAAACUGUGACCCACUAUUAAAGACGGAUGCUGAGUCAGUUGACGGGGGCUGUACAUUAAACUUACACAAGAGGGUUUUAUGUCUCUUCCUUUGUGCCAACUGUGAAUGCAUAAUCAGUAGUAAGGUUUCUAGAUCUUCCUUUUCCAAAACGUGUGUCCUAAGCUGUUUUUAAACUGCUAAAUAAAAAACUGAAGAGAUAGGCCUAAUCAUAGGGGUGUUGACAAAGGCAUUCUGGGGAAAAUAGCAAAUCCAAAGAAUAGGUUAACAUUCAUUUGCUUGAAUUGAUAUGAUAUGAAUUUUAAAAUUUGAUUAUAUUAUCACUGAUCCACUGAUUGAAAGCUUGAUCUUGGUCGGGUUAGUCAUGUCAUCAUAUUUCAUAAUGACAUAUUGUCUGUUUGGAGUUAGAAGGGCACUAACUCUGUUUAUAUAAUGAGUUAGCACCCUUCUGACUUCAGACAAUGUGGACCUUCCUUUCAGUUUAAAAUAAUAAAGAUCAUUUUUGAUAGAUUUGAUUCACAGUGAGUGAUGUUAAUAAUAAUAAUAAUAUGUCUUGUUUACCCAGGGUAGCCUCAUCAGUAUUCAUACUGUUCUCCCUGAGGGCCCUGCAAUCAUAUUAUGUUCUACGUGUUGAUACUCUUGGUAGUGUUGAUAAUAUGGAUACUGUAGGAAAAGGGGGGAAAAAAAAUCAAAUUUUAUUUUGUACCAACCUGUAUGAGAAUACACUCCAAUGUGUAAUGUGACAUCUGCAUAAUUAUGAUGAUGGUACCCAAUUCUUACCAAAUUUCUUGAUGUUUCAUGAAUGGAAUAAGCACAUAUUAAACCAUUAGGUACUUGAAAGUUAGUUCAGUAAUGAUACUCUAAUGGUCUACAUGAGAAAUAUGUGUGAGCUUUGAUGUAGUCUUAAAAGUUUAUGCAUUGUCAUGAUUUCCAGUUUUUGACUGAAAUAUGGACUCUCUUAUACACUUAAUGCAACAUUUUAAAAAUGUCAUUGUCAAGUAUGUUAAAAAUGUUUGCUCUACUUCAUCACUCGAAAUAUUUAUAAUACAAUCGGAUCCAAUCCAUAUACCAGUGGAGAUAAUUAUGAAGCACUUUGCAACUCCAAGGAAAAGAUGUUAUACAAAGUGUUUUUUAGAUUGAUUGGAUGGGGUUGGAUACUUAAUAUUUUGCAUUUAAAACAGUCAGGGUUGCCCAUGUAAAAUUUUUAUAUGCACAAUUUGUAAAUGACCUAGGAGGCGCAAUAGCUCAGUUGGUAGAGCAGUGGUCUCGUAAUCUGGUGACCCUGGUUUAAAACCAAGUCGAUGCGCUAGUGCCAUUUGGUAAGGCAUUAAUCCUCACUACCAGGUCCCUAGGAGCCGUCGGCCGUCUGGUUGCUUACUCACAAGCAUUUAUGCUUUCUUAGCAGUCUGGUAGAAUAACCAUGACAUCAACCUGUAAUAUCAAAUGAGGAACUAGAAUGCUUUUUACUCUUUUGUCCAUACACUGUAAUGUCUUUCCAUCUUUAGAACCAGUAGACUUCUUUCUGAAGAUCAGCAUCAUAUUCAAGGUGCUCAGUUCUUAGACAAUCUCUAUUUUUUUGUAACAAGAUGGAAAAACAAAACAGUACUUGUUUGCUUUGCAACUGGCAAGUUUUUUCUUAUUCCCAUUUUAUGUCACUUUUUUCAAACAUUUCCAGCUGUUUUGUUAUUCACUUUGCUCUUCACACAAUUAUUGUGUUUAUAUUGUGUAUAAUAAUGUAAAUUAUGUGAAAGCAAUUGAUUGAAUGCACUUGAUAUGUCAUAGAGUGAACUUUCUGAGUUAUGAAAAGUGUCAUUUUCUUUUUCUUUUUUGUUUGUUUUUCAAUAAAAGAUACUUUUACCAUGUAUGUUUUCCAAA